GUCUCCUGUGUAGCAUUCAAUAUGGUCGCCUGGAAGCUCUCGUCCCUGCUGCUGCUCUCUCUGCGCGCCCUCAAUGCCUUUGCGGUUGAGGUGAAGGAAGUGAACGAGGAGCCGCAAACACCCAACCUCAAGGUCGCCGUAUCGGUUUCGUUCCCCCAGUCCGAAAUCUUUGGUAUCAAGCUCGUCAAUGGCCAUGCCACCGAAGCCCGCCUCUCCAUCAAGAAUGAGGAGCCCUUGCCCAUCAAGGUCUCCGUUGUGGGUGGCUCGCUCGUGCAGGUCGUCAAGGACCAGUCCCAGAUUCUGCGCAACCUCACUGGCCAGAAGUACUCGCUGGAGAUCCCUGCCGGCACUGAGGAGACGGUUCCCUACAGCUUCAAGACCGACAUGCACCCCCAGGACCUCCGCCUGCAGCUUGUUGCAGUGCUGAAGGACUCCAAGGGUGCUUCGUACACGGUUCCUGUCUACAACGAGACUGUUAGCAUUGUUGAGGCGCCCACCAGCGUUUUCGACCCGCAGAUCAUCUUCCUGUACCUCGUCCUCCUUGGCGUUUUCGGUGGAACCGCCUACUUCGUCUACAACACCUGGAUCACCACCUUUUUCCCCCAGAAGAAGGGUCGCGGCAAGGGUGGUGAGCGCGCCAAGAGGUCCUCCGGUGGCACCAAGGCGGUUGAUCCCGCCGACCAGAUCGCCGUUGUUGGUGCUGAUGGCCCUGCUGUCACAUCUGGUGCGAAGGCGUACGAUGAGAGCUGGAUCCCCGCUUCUCACUUGCAGCGCCCCGAGGCCAAGCGUGUCCGCAGCGGUGUUUCCAAGACCCGAGCGAAGGCUUAAAUGUUCUCCUCGCAGUUGGGGGGACGGUUAUUUAAUGGACGUUGGUUGGAUAAUCUUGUGAUCGCGACGUGUAGGAUAUCAGCCGGUUGUCGUCUUAUUCUGGUCUCGGUACCUAUGUGGAUCGAGACGAUGGCAUCAUGACUCAAAAGUUGGUUAGUGUUGUAUAUUGAAAGGGAUAGAAGAUAAUCGUUAAAAUUAUUAUCUGCAUUUUUAUCUAACGC